AUUUACCAUGUGACCAAACACGGAAGUAGAAUCUAUCACAUCCAAAGCAGCACAUUUAGACCAAUGUUUUAGAUCAAGGUCUGUUAUGUGGUCGCGUUUUGACGCACUUGCCUAGAAAUAGUAUAUUCUCUUUACAUGUUUGAUGAGUUUGAGCAAGAAACAUGACUCAGGCUGAGAAAGAGCAGGACAACGGGAAGGAGAAAGAGAAGGAGCGAGAGAAGGAGAAAGAGAAGGAGCAACAGCGAGGUGUGAAAAGACCCAUCGCUCCUCCGCUCAUCCAAGAGCCCUUACACGAGCAAAUACAGAGCAACUUUGUAGUUGUUAUCCACCCUGGAUCGAGGACACUCCGUAUCGGGCGAGCAACAGACACUCUGCCGGUGACGGUUCCACACGUUAUUGCGCGACGACACAAACAAAGUGGACAGCCCAGAUAUGAAGACGCCUGGCUGUUGAGGGACGGUCUAAAUAAACCUGAGAGUAAUGAGCAGAGGCAGCAUGGGCUUAAAAUGGUCGACCAGGCCAUCUGGUCCAAGAAGAUGUCAAAUGGGAUCCGAAGGACACCAGUAUCAGCUGAACAGGCAAGAGCUUAUAACUGCCAGAUCCGUCCAGCAGUUCUAGACAGCAGCACCAGGGUGAGGUGGACAAACACAGCCCACCAUCCUCCUCAUCUGGUCGGAGAGGAGGCUAUUCAUGUGAAUCCAACCGACUGUUACAACAUCCACUGGCCCAUUGUGAGAGGUCGGCUCAAUGUACAUGCAGGUCCUGGAGGCUCACUGACUUCCGUCCUGGCUGACCUCGAGACAAUCUGGAGUCACAUCAUUCAAAAGCAGCUGGAUAUCCCCAUUAAGGACUUGAAGUAUUACAGAUGCAUCUUAUUGGUCCCAGACAUCUGCAACAGGGAGCACAUCAAAGAAGUUGUCAACAUGCUGCUGCUUAAUAUGGGCUUCUCAGCUAUCAUAGUGCACCAGGAGUCGGUGAGUGCAACAUUUGGAAGUGGUUUGAGCAGUGCUUGUGUCGUGGAUGUAGGAGACCAGAAGACAAGUAUUUGCUGUGUAGAGGACGGAGUGUCACAUCGCAACUCCAGGCUGUGUUUAGCAUAUGGGGGCUCAGAUGUGACCCGGACUUUCUAUUGGCUCCUGCAAAGAGCAGGUUUCCCCUACAGAGACUGCCAGCUGUCCAGCAGACUGGACUGUCAGCUCCUGCAACACCUGAAAGAGACCCUGUGCCAUCUAGAUCAAGACAUAUCAGGACUACAAGAUCAUGAAUUCCAGACACGCUUUCCAGAAGCCCCAACUCUUCUCUACCAGGUUCGACUAGGGGAUGAGAAAUUACAGGCACCUAUGGGUCUUUUCUAUCCGACUACAUUUGGCAUUGUAGCCCAGAAGAUGACAUCACUCCAGUGCCGUUCCCAAGGUGACUCAGAGGAUCCUUACGACGAACAUUACCUGCUCGCCACACAGAGCAAACAGGACCAGUCCUCUAAAUCUGCUGCAGACCGGAAGGCUGUUCCUAGACCAGGUGGAGGUUUGGAUGGAGACAUGAGUGGUCAGGGGGGGAUUGGAGAUCUCUCUGACCUGCCCAGGGGCUGCAGUAGUGGCGGAGGGACUAAAGGGGAGGUGGACCUUGGGACUGCACAGGGGGAUUGUCUUAUUGGGGCAGGAGAGGUGGAAGAGCCCCUGUCUGCUCAUCUCUCCAGGAAGACUGCAAUCAUAAGCCAGUUUGAGAGCAGGGCACUUGGCCUGGACAAGGCCAUCCUGCACAGCAUUGACUGCUGUGCGUCAGACGAAACCAAACGCAAGAUGUACAGCUCCAUCCUGGUCGUUGGAGGAGGGCUCAUGUUUUCCGGUGCACAGGAGUUCCUGCUUCACCGCAUUAUCAACAAGAUGCCACCGUCAUUCAGAAGACUGGUGGACAAUGUGGAGGUUAUCACACGGCCAAAGGACAUGGACCCUUGGCUGAUAUCGUGGAAGGGCGGAGCAGUGUUGGCAUGUUUGGACACCACCCAGGAGAUGUGGAUCCACCAGAGAGAGUGGCAGCGCUUCGGUGUCCGAAUGCUGCGUGAGAGAGCUGCCUUCGUCUGGUGAUACCAAACGACGUUUAAUUAAAUCUAAAACUUUACCUGCUCUUGAGGUGAUCCACAAAAACAUGGUAUACAUGGUUUAAGUAGGCUAAUUCUUCUUGCACAUGCCAUGACAGAGGAUUCUUGUUCUGGAGUAGGUCAAAGUAAGGUUUAAAGAUAACCAUGAAGAACUCACCCACUAAAAACUUACAAGUAGACAAAACAGGGCUGUGGAAUAAUAAACUUGUUUUUCUUAAAGCAAACGUUUGAAUUGGGAUGCUCUGAAUGGUGGGAAGGUAUUUGAUGAAAAAAAAAUCUCUGUACACCGGAAUGUGUGACAGGUGCUUCAGAGGAGGGUAAAACUUAAAGACAAUGAGAAGAGCUCCUCCACUCUCCUCUCACUCUAUGCUGAUAAAUUUAUUUGGUCUAACCGACCUUCAUCAGGUACUUGGGAGGUAUUUGAUGAACUCAGGAUUUCAAUACAUCCCUGCUAACAUUUUGAUAAUUGUCACAUAACAAUCUUACUAUCCUGUUGUUGUUGGGUGUCCGGUUGCCAUCAAAUACCUGAAUAUGGUUUUUGUUAACUAAUACCUUUGGAUUCUGGUGUUUUUGUUUAUACUUUAAUGCUUCAAUGUUAACUGAUGUCUGGAUCGGAACAAAUAAACCGGUCAGAAACA